AUGCCACACAAUGCGACUGAACUCCUCUUCCUGGGCCUAAGCAUGUCCGAAGGAUGCUCAAGAGAAGCUCAAGAAGGUACUCACUGGGAAACAAGGAGGACCAGCUCAUCAGAACAUACGCGCUCGAAAGGGGGAGAUACAGACCAGAUCACGGACGGUGACUGGAGGGGCUUGGCAAUCGUCAUUGUGAAGGAAUGUCAUGAAAGAUUUUUUGUCAGCUGGCGAGAACUGUUGUCUUUUGUUGGCUGCAGCAAUUAUGCAAGGAGCCACAAUGGAGGAGAACGCGUCAGUUGGCAUGAAGAGCUCAGGACUUUUGAGGAGAGGUGGUAA